CACUGGAGCAACUCGCAGCGAGAGUCCUACUACAGCUCAGGUGCACAUCAGAGGACACAGAGAGGAGAUAACAAUCAGCCCAGCGGGAAGAAAUAACAAAGAGCUUCAUCAGGAUUGCAAGCUUGGAUAGAAAGUCCGCCUCCAGACUGAAAUAUAUCCAACAAGGAGAAGCGAAACCAGAAGUGAAGAUGAACCUGUUAGUCAUCCUCGCUCUCCUUGCAGCAUUCAGCCUAGAUGUGGCUUUUUCACAAAGAUGGCCUAGAAAGAGUUUGUCACGUCAACCCCAGCGCACUUUAAUGGAGAUGUGCCGGUCUGGGGAUGGGAGCAGUUACAGGGGAUCUGUCCGCGAGUCGGCAUACGGCAACAAAUGUCUCAACUGGAACAGGUUCAAAAACCCUUGGGGAGCUUCAAAGGGACUCGGAAACCAUAAUUACUGCAGGAACCCUGACCACAGCCUGAUGCCGUGGUGCUAUGUCCGAAGAGGAAGGAGGGCUGUGAAGGAAUUCUGCGAUGUUCCCAGAUGCUCCACACCAACAGUAAAACCUCCACCUGUUGUGGAUACAGAGCUGACAUGUGGUGAGAGGUCUGAGCGGAGGAUGCAUAAAAUCGUGGGUGGUUCUUUCACACCCAUAGAGUCGCACCCAUGGAUCGCUGCUAUCUUUCAAGGGCGCCAACGCUUCCUGUGUGGCGGUUCUCUCAUUACACCUUGCUGGGUUGUCACGGCUGCACACUGCUUCUCUGAUGGUAAUGAGACUGACAUCCGGCAUCUGUCUGUAUUCCUGGGGAAGAAGGCCAUCAAUGACACAGACGCUGACAAGGAGCAGAGCUUCACUGUGGAAAAACUGAUCAUCCACCAAAAAUUCAACAUGUCCAACUUCAAUAAUGACAUAGCAUUGUUGAAGAUCAAAAGCAGAAAUGGAGGAUGUGCAUUGAAGUCACCGUCAGCACGGGUUGUGUGUCUUCCCCCACUUCACACUCAGCUUCCUGCAGGAUUUCAGUGCAGCGUUGCGGGGUUUGGAAGGGAGAAAUUCAUGGCGUGGCAUUACUCACAGUACCUGAAACAGGCCAGCGUGAAAAUGAUCUCCCAGUCGGACUGUAAAAGUGAAUCGUACUAUGGAGAUCUCAUCACAAAGAACAUGUUCUGCGCUGGGAGCCCUGACUGGAGCACUGAUGCCUGCAAGGGGGACUCUGGUGGUCCGCUGGUGUGCGAGGUGUCAGGUCGGAUGUUUCUGUUCGGGGUGGUGAGCUGGGGUGAGGGCUGUGCCAUGAAGAACAAACCGGGGGUUUACACGCAGGUCACCAAAUACAACAAGUGGAUCGCUGCAAAAACUGGGCUCUCCAAGUUCACGCAAGGAUACAAGUAUCCCACAAAAUGAAGCUGUGGCAGAGAACCAGCUGUUGGGCAUUCGUAGCAGUUCUGUAGCCUCUGUGUGUCGUCAGUUCAGCGUUUUUCAGUUCAAAGUGAAUGUUUAUUUAAAUAUCUUUUAUUGUAUAUAGUGUAUAAUACUUUUUAUCACUUGUGCAUGAAUAUUUCAUACUGAGAGUAUGGAUUUUUAAAACAAGCUACCAGAAAGUUUAUUUAUGUCAUUUAAUUUAAUAAGCAUUUCCUCUUUUAGAAGGCUGGCCCUGCUGUUGAGCAUUUUUUAUAAUUAAUAAAAUAUUUGU